AUGGCAUUCCACGCGCGAUUGCGCGAGCUUAUGCAUGAAGGCUGGAAGUCCCAGCAGUCGACAGGACUUUCCUACGGCUCUUUGCUAUUUCACUCCGAAAAUCCUGAAUCCAAUGCAGAUGCAUUUGACGUUGUGUCAGACGAGCUGCGAGAGCAACAACGGUUGAGGCAAGGAAGCAGUGGUGAGUCCCGGUCUAGUGCGGCGGCACGUGAACAUUCUGAACAAGGCAACACCAAUUCGGAUGGUAACCAUUCCCUGCCAAACGAUUCAGAACGAAGUUCAAACGAAGUGCUGGAUCGGAAUGCCCCUCAACGCAAGAAUAUGGCUCGGAUACACGUCGAGCAGUAUCGGUACCAGUGA